AUGGAUACAAAUCCCAGAAUUCUGUACCCUGUGGAGAAGCUCGGGACAGAGUACUAUGUGGUGACUCCAGUGGGGAAUCCAGAUGGUCUUGAUAAGCAAUUUGCUGUAGUAGCCUGGAAGGAUCCCACCAUUGUAGAAGUUUACCUCAAAGGGGCUGUAACUUUCCAAGGAGAAACCUACAGAGCAGGAAGAAAAUUGAUCAUCUCACUUGGAGCUUACCAGGCCGUCCAGCUGCAAAGCCGUGAUGACUUAUCCGGCACCAGGAUCGUGUCCCAGAAUCCCGUGGCCGUCUAUAGCGGACACAUAUGUGUUGCAAAGCACACCAAAUGUGACUACGUCAGUGAGCAGCUCCUGCCGGUGUCUGUCUGGGGCACCACAUUCAUUGUACCGCCCUUAUCCUUCCAGCCCAAUUUUGACCUGGUGUAUGUGGCUGCUUCCCAACACACUCGCAUUGAUUAUCAGUCUGGGAAGGUGAGAGCCACAAGGAAUCUGGUUGCUGGGCAGGUUGUGACAUUUGAAAUAAAAGUCUCUAAACCCUUGUACAUCUCUGCUAGUGCUGGGAUCCAAGUCGCCUUCUUCUGCACUGGUGGGAGCAAAGGGAAAAUCGUGUACGAUCCCUUCUUCCUGAUGAUCCCAGAUGUCUCUGGGUAUUGCCAGACCUAUAACAUCCAUGGACAGGACCUGUUUGAGAACUAUGCUAUGAUUGUAGCCAAGACGGCUGAGGCUGCUGAUGUUACUAUUGAUGCGGAACCACUACAGUUUACUGUGUGGAGGCCUAUUCCAGGCACAACAUAUUCUUGGACUACGUACAACUUGGGAAGUGGGUUUAGCAACCACACCAUAGAGAACCCCAGCUCCCCAUUUGGUGUCCUGAGUGUUGGGAUUAAAGAGAAGGCUGGAUAUGGCUCCACAGCUAUUGGUGGCAUUUCUGGUGCUGCCCCUACUGUUCAACCUCCAGAUCUUCCCAGUACCUCUUGUUCAGGCCCCCAAGGGACAGAAUUUAUCACAGUCUUCAUGCAGAAUCACUUACCAAGUUAUGGCAAUAAAGACUUCAAGUUGUUCAUCACUGGCUACACCCCGGGGACGUUCGUCACCAUCUCAGUAAAUAAAGCAGAUUUUUUUACUACUGUCACUGCAAAUCCAGAACAGACAGUAUCUGUGAUGAUCCCAGCAUUUGUGGAGCUGGCAGGAAGCAACAUAUUUGAUCACACGGUCAUCAUCCGUGCUGAUCAUGAGAUUUCCAUCCUUGCUCUGAACUACAAGGCCUAUACGGCUGACACCACUGUAGUGUAUCCUGUGGAGAAGCUCGGGACAGAGUACUAUGUGGUGACUCCAGUGGGGAAUCCAGAUGGUCUCGAUAAGCAAUUUGCUGUAGUAGCCUGGAAGGAUCCCACCAUUGUUGAAGUUUACCUCAAAGGUGCUGUUACUUUCCAAAGAAAACCCUACAGAGCGGGGACAAAACUGGUCAUCUCACUUGGAGCUUACCAGGCUGUCCAGCUGCAAAGCCGUGAUGACUUAUCCGGCACCAGGAUCGUGUCCCAGAAUCCCGUGGCCGUCUAUAGCGGACACAUAUGUGUUGCAAAGCACACCAAAUGUGACUAUGUCAGUGAGCAGCUCCUGCCGGUGUCUGUCUGGGGCACCACAUUCAUUGUACCUCCUUUAUCCUUCCAGCCCAAAUUUGACCUGGUGUAUGUGGUUGCUUCCCAACACACUCGCAUUGAUUAUCAGUCUGGGAGGGCGAGAGACACUAAGGUCCUGGUUGCUGGGCAGGUUGUGACAUUUGAAAUCAAAUUCCCUAAUCCCUUGUACAUCUCUGCUAGUGCUGGGAUCCAAGUUGUCUUCUUCUGUGCCGGUGGAAGCAAAGAGAAAAUAGUGUAUGAUCCCUUCCUCCUGAUGAUCCCAGAUGUCUCUGGCUAUUGCCAGACCUAUAACAUCCAUGGACAGGACCAGUAUGAUAACUAUGCAAUUAUAACAGCCGAAACAUCAGAAUCUGGUGGCAUCACCAUUGAUAAGGAACCCUUGGGAGUCAUUGCAUGGAGGCCAAUUCCAGGCACAGGGUUCUCUUGGGCUGAAUACAACCUUGGCAAAGGGUUUAAGAGAGAAACUAUGGAGCACCCCACAUCUCCUUUUGGACUUCUGAGCAUUGGGAUUGCAUCCAAAUCUGGGUAUGGCUCAGCAGCUAUCGGUGCAAGCAAUAUUCCGACACCAUCCUGCAGUGUGGUCCUCUGCAAGGAAGGAACAGUUUGUCAGAUGAUAGAUGGGCAGCCAGAGUGUUUGCCAGUUUCUGCAGCCACGUGCUGGGCUGGGGGUUACUUGCAUUACCACACCUUUGAUGGCCGACUGUAUGACAUCCAUGGCACCUGCACCUACACCGUGGCAAAGACCUGUGGGUGUGACUGCGACCCGCACUCCUUUGACAUCACGGCUGAGAGUGGGAAGAGGGGGAACACGCAGGUCUCAUACAUUGGGUCGCUGACCAUCCAGGUGGAUGGCGUUACCAUCACAGUGGCCAGGGCAGAGGUCGGCUUUGUGAGGGUGAAUAAUACCAGGGCUCACUUACCCAUCUCCCUGAACAAUGGGGCCCUUCGGCUCUAUCAGAGCGGCACCUCCCUCAUCCUCCGCACCAACUUCAACCUCAGGGUGUCCUAUGACUGGAACAACCACCUGAGGGUCACCGUCCCUAAUGACUUCUCCGACAGCCUGUGCGGCCUGUGCGGCAACUAUAAUGGGGAUCGUUCUGAUGACUUCUGGACCCUAGCCGAGGAUCAGGAGCCCAGUGUCAUUCUCCAGGAGCAAAGCUUGGCAGUGGAAGAUGAGGAUCAGUUUUGCUGGCACGAUUGCAUUGGAGGCUGCAGACCCUGUGCCCCCAGCAUAGCCAGAAAGUACAAGGAGGAGGCCUCGUGCGGCCUGAUAACCAAGGUCUCAGAUGGGCCUUUCAGCCAGUGCCACAGCAAGGUGGAUCCUACAGUCUACUUUGACAACUGCGUGUACGAUCUGUGCCACAACGAUGGCUACAGGAAGGCCCUGUGUGAGGCCCUGAAGGUCUACGCGGAUGCCUGCCAGGUGGAGGGGGUCAGGAUUGGGGAAUGGAGGCAGCUGGCCAGAUGUCCCCUGGAGUGCCCCCUGGAGAACAGCCAGUACCAGCUCUGUGGAACAGCCUGCCCAGCCACGUGUGUGGACCAGUCAGCCCCCAGCAGCUGCCAAGACCCCUGCGUGGAAAGCUGCCAGUGCAAGGACGGUUUUGUGCUGAGCCAGGGCAAAUGUGUCCCCAAGGGCAGCUCUACGCCACCUGCUCUGUGA